AUGGCCGAUUCCAAAAAGGACUUUGAACAUACUGCAGCAGACUUUGAGACGGCCAUUGCGGAAUGCGGUUUCGGACUCUUCAAUAUCCUCAUGCUGUUCUGUGCUCUUCCCUGCCUCAUGGCCAUGGUCUUCUCCGCCUCGGCGAUGUCCUAUGUGAUGCCCACCGCUGAAUGCGACCUGAAGCUGACGCCCCUGGACAAGGGUCUUCUCAAUGCUGUCACCUUUGCCGGGAUGAUCAUUUCGGCCAUACCCUGGGGCUUCAUAGCCGACACCAUGGGUCGCCGCGUGGUCCUCAUUUGGGGCGGCUGGAUCGAUGGCCUGUUCGUGCUGUGCGCCGCCCUCUGCCAGGACUCCACGCAGCUGAUGGUCUUCAAGUUCUUGGAUGGCCUAAUCAUUUGCGGCCCAUUUGCGGUGCUGGUCAGCUAUCUGGCAGAGUUCCAUGGCAAAAAGCAUCGGCCCUAUAUCAUGCUCUUUGUCGGUCUCUGCGUUUCCGCUUCGGCCACCUUUGUCCCGAUACUCGCCUACCUCCUCCUGCCAGUGCACAUCUUUUUCUCAGUGGGAAAAAUGAACUUCCACACCUGGCAGAUCUUCUUGAUGGUCACUGCGUUGCCCAGCUUAACCAGCGGCUUGCUGCACAUCUUUCUGCCCGAAAGUCCCAAGUUUCUGAUGGCCCAAGGGAACUACAACAAAGCCCUGGAGUCCCUGCAGCGGAUAUACGCGAUGAACAAGCGCCAGAAGCGCGAAACGUAUCCUGUGAAACAUCUGACCGAUGCCACGCCCGAUCGCUCCGAUGUCCUGGAUCGACCGCGACAGCCCACCUCGCGAUGGGAGCGCUUCAGCAGAGCAAAACUCAAGUUCUGGGAGGGCGUGGGGCAGCUGAAGCCCAUGUUUUCCAGUCCCUAUCUGUGCAUUUCCCUGCAAGUCUACUGCCUGCACUUUUGCCAAAUAAUGUGCGUGAACUCUGUGCGCCUGUGGCUGCCACAGAUCUUUGCCACCAUGCACACGUUCGAGCUGCAGGGCAUCAACGACACCAGCAUGUGCAACGUGCUGGAGCACAACUCCCAGGUGCGGAGCAUGGACUCGGCGUCGAUGCAGCGGGAAUGCGACCUACACCAGAACCCGGGCAUCUACACGGACAACAUCAUUGUGGCAGCCGUCGGCGUCGUGGGUUUCGUGAUCAUCUUUCCCCUGAUGCGCAUACCCCUGGUGGCGAAUCACAUAUUGAAGGUGUUCCUCUUCAUAUGCGUCUUCCUUGCGGGUAGUCUGUAUUUCGCCAAAACCUCGCUGGUCACCAUGAUCAUUGCCGCUGUUUAUCUGACAAUGAUGGGUGUCUGUGCCACAACGAUUAUUGGUAUAUCUGUGAUAAUGUUUCCCACGCUAAUGAGAACAAUGGUUAUAUUGCUGAUUAUGACCUUUGGGCGACUGGGUUCGGUGGCUGGCAACAUAUUACUGCCGGUUUUCAUGCAAAUCAACUGCCCUGCCCCUUUCCUGUGGCUGGUGGCACUGAUGAGCAUUGCGUUUAUAUUUUCGGUAUUCCUGAAGGUCGAUAUAGAGCAAUCACUGGCCUAAAAGUCUCCUCCUGCUCCAAAUCCUCCUCUGAGAAAACUUCUGCUGU